CAUGGACACCGGCGUCGACCUCGACGCCAUGGUCGACGUCGGCCAGUGGAUCACUCAGGAGCUGGGCAAGCCCAACGACUCUGCUGUCGGCAAGGCCGUGCUCGGGGCCCGUAAGCGAGCGGCCGAGACGCCAGAGGCUUGAUAUUCUCAGCUAUACCUAUAUAUAUAUAUACUAUGUAUGUUUACACUGUUGAUUUCUAUAUAUAUGUACGAGAAACAAAUCCACGACUAUACUUGCAUCUUAAUGUAGAGCACGUAUAUUGGCUAUCCGACGUACUGCCGCAAGGAACUAAAUUCUCACCAUCAUCACUAUAUUUUCCCUGUUCCGAGACCGACCCCCUUAAGGCCGAGGACAAGUUUAAGGACAGGAACCCCGAGCAACCCCGAGUCCGUGAUGCCACCGCUUCCUCCUCUUUCAUAGUUAUACCGUAUUCGCGCGGCUCCCAGAGCGCUAGCAUCCAUACAUCCGCCACCCCGCCGCGAGGAAUCGUCCAGGCGCCUGCAACCCGUCCGUGUUCGGAGCCAUCUCGCCCUCGACCUUGUCCGCGGCGACACCGGCCGCCUCUGCGUCGGCAAUAUGUCGAAACGCUCGCGCGCGUCGCCGCCGCCGUCCAGCUCGUGUGGCUGCUACUGCAGCCUCCCCCCAAUAAUCUCCCUACGAGUGAAAACACGACGACGGUGCCGACACAUGCUUGCAGGACUCUCUCGCGACUAUCGGCAACCUCGUGGCGGAGGCGCCGCGGGAGCGCUGACGUGGGUGGCGCCGCGGCAGGAAGUAGCUUUACGUGGCAUCUACGCAUGUUUUCACGCCCAGGUACCUAUGACGGGCUUCUUCGGGUUACUCGUAUGUACGUACUCCGUGUAUUUAUGUACUAAUUCUUCAG